AUGAGAUCAAGGUUGCCCAUUUUAGGGCAUCUUAAGAUGAGAUUAAAACAAGGAUUAGAGCACCAUCCUCAUGAAAUGAUUUGAGCCGUCCACCAAGAGAGUUGAUUAUUAAUCACAAUCGUCUAUUGGAGGGGCCUAACUCUUGAGAGGAUUAAGGCAUCUCGCCUCCUUCUUGGAGGUACUUUUCAGCUCUCUCUUUAGUAGUGGCCAAUCAAAGGAAAUAAGAGAGAAAUCAAAGCUUGGUCAACAACAUUCUCAUGUCCAAGAUCAUCUUGGAAAAGAGAUUAUUUGGAGUGCAUCAAGACUGUUACAAAUCAAGCAUCAGUCGGCCUAGGACUUGUGUGCAAUGAGGUUUGUACAAGAUCUAGAUUUUGGAUGUCCUUGUAAUUCUCUCCAUACAUAAAUCAACUUUUAAUUCAAACUAGUUUUAUCAUUUAUUCCAUCAUUUCAUUGUGUUAGAUCUAUUCUCUCCUUUUGUCACAUUUUUUACAACUCUUAUCUUCCCCUUUUUACAUUUAAUUCUACCCUUUGUAAUCUCAUAUAUAUAGAUAUAUAUAUAUGUCUAUAUAAGAAAUAAAAUAAGUAGAAUUCGUACUUGCUUUUUGAGGAUCAACUUUACUUAUUCUAAAUAGAAGAGUGAGAUUUUAUAAAUAUUAUUUACAUGAACUUGGUUACAUCACAACAACAUAUUUAACCUCUUAUUCAAGUUCAUCAAAUUGGCAUCGUUAUUGAGAAGCUAGGUGUGAUUAAGAGAAUCAAUUUUUUUUAACUUAAUUUAAUUUAAUUUUUAUUUUUUGUCAUUUUUUCUUUCUUCAAUGAACAGUUUUGUGAGCCAUUGAUUGAUGAUUUUUCAAUAAAAAUAUCACUUUUCAUAUAUAUCAUUUCAUUUUUUGAGUAGAGGAGUGCUGCCCCACACCUCAUAAUGGACAGCUUUCCCCUUGA